AUGUUCUGGAACUUAGUCGCCGUCAAUUAUGAGCGCUAUCAUCUUCAUCACAUCGCCAAAAUCGUCAUUCUGCUUUUGUACAGCUUGUUCGGCGCUUACAUGUUCAUGGUGCUCGAGGCGGACAACGAGCGAAACAUCAAAAAGUCGGAAACCACGCGAAUUCUUCGAUCGAGCAUCGCCGCCAAACAGAUUCUUAUUGACAAGUUGCAGCAUUUGUUUUUCAACUUGACAACCAUCGAAGAUUACUCGGAGACGAAACUUCGCAAGAUUUUAGCCGAUUAUGACUCAUCGAUGGGAAUUGUCAUCGACGGCAAUUUCGACACGAAAUGGGACAUUUGGGGCGGAUUGUACUAUUCGGGAACGAUUUAUACAACAAUUGGCUACGGUGACCUCGCUGCUACCACAAUUGCCGGAAGGAUAUUCACAAUGUUGUACGCGAUGGUCGGAAUCCCGAUGGUGAUCACAAUUCUCAACGAUUGGGGAAAUAUGCUUUCUUACUAUUCCGAUGAGUUUUGGAAGAAACAUGGCAUCACUUGGUACUACAAAUUCCGAGCACUUUUGAAGCGUCGAAAAAAAAUUGGGACCAUUGAAGAGGGCGCACCGCUCGUCGAACGCACUUUAUACGAUGCGGACGAUUCGAAAUCGGUGCCGUUGUUUCUUGUCGUCGUCAUAUUGAUGUUCUGGGUCGUCCUUUGCGUCGGCUAUUUUGCUAUUUUCGAGGAAUGGACCAUCUUCGAAUCCGUCUAUUUUUUCUUCAUAUCGAUGACAACUAUAGGAUUUGGUGACAUCACUCCGAAGCACUCGGUCGCCGUUGGCGGAAUUUUUUUCAUCUUGGGUGGUCUUUCUGUCGUCUCGAUGUCGAUCAAUGUUAUUCAAAUGAAGCUCGAGUUGCUCUUCAACAAAAUUGUGCAGGACAUUGAGAAUGAUUUUAAGAACACCUUGUCGGUGGCAGCCGAAGAGAGCCGAAAGAAAUCGAUCGGAGUGUCGGAAUUGGGCAGCAUCGAGGGCUCGAAGAAGAAGACGAUGAACAAUGAGGGCGGCGACGUCGCCGGCAAAUACUCGCAGAGUAUGGAUGGCGCCAACAAGUUCUUGAUGAAAUUCAUGAGCAACCAUCAGAAGAAGAUGCUCAAUGAGAAGUUUGACGAGCGCGCGCGAAUGCGCAACAGUUCGACGCAGACGACGUCGCAAAUCAAAGUGGCGUCGGUGCAGACGCAAGAGCGAUUCGAGCAGCAAUGGGACGGAGAGGAGGAGCCCGAGCAGCCCAAGUCGAGAAUCAACACAAGACGGUUAUACAUUUACAAUACUGGUGAAUGA